GUAGAACAUAUAAAACAACCGUAUCUAGCUCAGACUAGCUCCACACUGUAUCAUUAACGUGUCUCCGUUGUUGGAUUUAGGAUCGCCAUUCCCUCGGGCCGCGAUCUCUUCGUUGUUACCUUGGUCUGAAGGUCAUCAUAUAUGCUCCCCCUUUUCUCUCUCCGCCGUCUCUUCUUCCCUUCAAGGGAAAAUUCUACAUUAGGUUAAACCCGUCAAGUAGCAUUAGUGUUUUGAUUAUCCAUGGAGACUGGUGAUUUGAUUGCUCUCCCUACCUCAAGCAAUUCUGAUGGUGGAACUGGAAAUGAAGUCAUUGCUAAUCCUGGUUUUGAGCACAUUGAUGUAGGAACUGAUAACUUAGGAAGUGGAAAUGGAGAUGGAGAAAUUUUACCUACUGCUGAUACAAGCAGCAUUCUCAAUUUCAAUUCUUUAGAUGUUAAUUCUGGAACGAAUGAGACCAUGGCAGUUGCAGAAAAUGUUGAUCUUGCCUGCAAUAUAACACAGUCUAAAAAUGCUAGGCUAAUAUCGUUGCUUGAUACUUCUGACAAUGGAAAACUUGAUUUAUCUGAAGCACUUGCUGAAAAUGGUUGUCGGACUGCUAAAGAAGGCAGUCUUAAGAGAGAUGGAUGUGCUAUCAGCUAUGAUGAAGGAGAAGAAAGUAAUAUCUCUAGUGUCAAGAAAGCCAAAAUUGUUCAACCACAACCUUCAGUGAAUGUAGCAAAUAGUUCCCUAACAAGAGAAAGUAAAGAGAAGGUUGAGGAACUACUGCAGACAUGUUCACAAUUGCAUGAUCAGAAUUGCUCUUCAUUGCUUAUGGGUGUAGCAACUGAUUCUCCAGUAAACUCAUCCAGUAGCGAUGACUUUGCUGCACUGCUGGACGCUGAGUUAGAUACUGCGUCUGAUACAUCACCCGAUCGUGAAGAUAGUGAUGCAGAUGAGGAUGAGGAUACAUUGUCUUCUGAAUCCAUUAGUGUUAAGAGGCGCAAGGUGGAGGCAUCUGUUGACGUGGAGGAAAUUGGGACAUCAUCUUCAUGCCAAAUUACAGAGAAUAGUUCUGUUUCUGUCAAGACGGAUAUAUGCACACAUCCUGGUGUUUUUGGAGGAAUGUGUAUUGCAUGUGGGCAAAGGGUGGACGUUGAGGAAGGCCAUGUAUCACUUCGUUAUAUACACAAGGCACUAACCUUCAAAGAUGAUGAGAUAACCCGAGUAUGCAAUAGAGAUUUGAAGAAUCUGUUUCGGCAAAAAAAGCUGUACCUGGUCCUUGAUUUAGAUCACACCCUUCUCAAUUCAACCCGAUUUAUGGAUGUUACAUCGGAGGAGCAGUACUUGAUGGGCCAAAUAGAUUCCCUGCAAGAUAUACCGAAGGGCAGCCUGUUUAAACUGGAUUCCAUGCACAUGUUGACCAAGUUGAGGCCUUUUAUUCGUACUUUUUUGGAAGAAUUGAGUCCCUUGUUUGAAAUGUACAUAUACACCAUGGGGGAAAGGGCCUAUGCAUUACAAAUGGCAAGUCUGCUUGACCCAACAAAAACAUACUUUGGUACAAGAGUGAUUGCCAAUGAUGAUUGCACUCGGAAGCAUCAGAAGGGUUUGGAUGUGGUGGUUGGACAAGAAAGUGCUACCCUUAUUCUUGAUGAUACAGAAGUGGUAUGGGGAAAGCACAAGGAGAAUCUGAUACUGAUGGAAAGAUAUCAUUUCUUCGCCUCCAGUUGCCGACAAUUUGGUUAUAGCUCCAAGUCUCUCUCUCAGCAGAGGAGUGAUGAAAGUGAGACUGAUGGAGCUCUUGCCUCGGUUCUUAAAGUUCUUAAGCGGAUUCAUGGUUUGUUCUUCGCUGAGGAAACUGAAGUGGGUUCAUCAGAGAUCAUCCCGCUGGACAGCAAAGAUGUAAGACAGGUUCUGAAAACAGUUCGGACUGAAGUUUUAAAGGGGUGCAAAGUGGUCUUCAGCCGUGUAUUCCCAAAUAAUGUUAUUGCAGAAAAUCAACAUCUCUGGAAAAUGGCAGAUAAACUAGGAGCCGUUUGUUCAACAGAAAUUGAUUCGUCUGUAACCCACUUAGUCGCAACAGAUGCUGGAACUGACAAAUCGCACUGGGCAAUUAAGGAGAAGAAGUUUGUUGUGACCCCACAGUGGAUAGAAGCUGCCAAUUACUUCUGGUUCAGACCACCUGAAGAAAACUUUCCAGUUAACCAAAAAAAGACAAAACAUGUCUAACUUAAACAGAAAGCCUAAUUUAGAAGUUCUUGCCUGAAAUUCUCAGUUGGCAACAUCAACAGUUCAAAGUGCGUCUUUCAGUGCAAGAAACUGUAAAUAGAGGUAUUGUUUGUUUGGGAAUUAACUGUAACGAAACAAUACUGAUAACAUAUUGUUCUUGACAAUGACUUUGAAUAUUUUAUAUUAGAAAAAGAAACAUUUAAACAUAUUUUUGUAGCCCAUCAUGUGAGAUUUGGGUGUAGAAGAAGAAAAAACUAAUAUUUUUGUUGUGGAAGUAGUAGUCACUAGUUUUGUUGGUGUAGAAGAAACUUGUAGUUAUUUUUUUUCGAAAAGUCGUAGUAGUCACUUGCAAAAUGUUCUAAUGGUCAUUUGUACAUUUCAUUGUUAGACAUGCUAUUAUUAUUUAUUUUCAAGUUAAAUG